AUUUCAUUCAAACUAAUGAAUGAGGUUAGGAUCUGACGUUAAGUGACACGUAUUUUGGAGUUGAUUGAAAGCCUAAACUAUAAAAAAAUUAAAUACUCUUCCAUUGAAGCCGAAUAUCUUCAAAAACAUACAGAAUGGCUGCUGUAGAGCAACCUUGUUAUACUCUCAUAAACGUUCCCAUAGAUUCGGAGCCUUACAGUGAAUUACAGCUGAAACAAGACCUGGAAAAGGGAGAUAUAAAAGUGAAAAUUGAAGCCCUGAAAAAAACGAUUCAUAUGAUCCUUGCUGGAGAACGUUUACCUCCAGGUUUGUUAAUGAUUAUUAUUCGGUAUGUUCUCCCUCUGCAAGAUCAUACGGCUAAGAAGUUACUUUUGAUUUUUUGGGAAAUCGUUCCUAAAACUACACCCGAUGGCAAACUACUACAGGAAAUGAUACUUGUUUGUGAUGCUUAUCGAAAAGAUCUUCAACAUCCUAACGAGUUCUUACGUGGUUCAACCUUACGGUUUUUAUGUAAACUGAAAGAGCCAGAACUUCUAGAACCACUGAUGCCAUCUAUAAGGUCCUGUCUAGAACAUAGACAUUCAUAUGUACGAAGGAAUGCAGUUUUGGCUAUUUUCACCAUAUAUCGAAAUUUUGAAGCAUUGAUCCCAGAUGCUCCAGAACUCAUAUCGAAUUAUUUGGAUGGUGAACAAGAUAUGUCAUGUAAGAGAAAUGCAUUUUUGAUGCUUCUCCAUGCAGAUCAAGAGAGGGCGCUCUCUUAUUUGGCAUCAUGCUUAGAUCAAGUAACUUCAUUUGGAGAUAUCUUACAAUUAGUCAUUGUUGAAUUGAUUUACAAAGUCUGUCAUAAUAAUCCUUCUGAGAGGUCCAGAUUUAUCAGGUGUAUUUACAACUUGUUAAACUCCAGCAGUCCUGCCGUAAGAUAUGAAGCCGCAGGAACCCUUGUCACACUUUCUACAGCUCCCACAGCAAUCAAAGCAGCGGCUAGCUGCUACAUUGAACUCAUAAUCAAAGAGAGCGAUAACAAUGUUAAACUGAUUGUGUUAGAUAGGCUGAUUGCUCUUAAGGAACAUCCAACUCACGAAAAGGUUCUUCAAGAUUCGGUCAUGGAUAUAUUGAGGGUUCUAGCUAGUCCAGACCUUGAGGUCCGAAAGAAAACCCUAGCUCUAGCAAUGGACUUAGUUUCCUCUAGAAAUAUUGAAGAAAUGGUUUUGGUGCUGAAGAAAGAAGUAUCCAAAACACAUGAUGUAGAGCAUGAAGAUACAGGAAAGUACAGACAGUUGCUAGUUCGUACUCUACAUCAGUGUUGCAUCAAGUUCCCCGAUGUAGCAGUUUCUGUUGUCCCCGUUUUGGUAGAAUUCCUAUCUGAUACAAAUGAAUUAGCUGCUACAGAUGUGAUGAUCUUCAUCAGAGAAGUGAUUCAGAAGUUUGGAAAUCUACAACCUCUAAUCAUCGAAAAAUUAUUAGAAACGUUCAGCGAUAUAAAGAGCGUUAAAGUUCAUCGCGCCGCUCUCUGGAUUCUCGGCGAGUAUGCUGCAACUUCUGCGGAUAUUGAAGUUGUAAUGAAACAAAUCAUAACUAAUUUGGGGGAAGGGGCACUUGUAGAUCUUGAGCAGAAAUUGGUAUCUGGUGAGGAAGAAACUCAAUCGAAUAAUAGUGUCCAGCAAACGCAGCAAACCACUUUGGUUACAUCUGACGGAACUUAUGCUACUCAGUCUAUCUUCAGUACUUCACAAAAACCCAAAAAGGAAAAACGGCCACCCUUAAGACAGUAUCUUAUGGACGGCGACUUUUUCAUUGGAGCAUCUGUGGCCUCUACCGUAACAAAAUUGGCAUUGAGAUACAGCGAAUUGACUAAUGUCAGCCUUAAACAGAAAAACCGUUUUGAUGCAGAAGCAAUGCUGUGCAUGGCCGGCAUUAUUCAUCUUGGUAAAUCAGGAUUGCCAGCUAAAGCCAUCACAAAUGAUGACAGAGACCAUAUACUAUUUUGCCUCAGAGCUCUUUCCGAUCGUUCUCCGUCUAUCUUGCACAUUUUCUCUGAAUUGUGUCGAUUGUCCUUGAACGAGAUGCUCUUGGCAAAAGAAAAAGAAGAAGCUUCUAAUCAAAAAGCAAAGGAGAAACUCGGUAAAAUUAUUCAAGCGGAUGAUGCAAUCAACUUUAUGCAACUUCAAACAGAUAAAUCAAAUGAGCUUGGGGAGAAUAUGUUUGAAACUUCUUUAUCUCAAGCCUUGGCUGGUGGAAGAAUUGGAGGAUCAGACGGAGCAUCGGCAGUUAACAAGCUCAAUAAAGUAACCCAAUUGACAGGUUUCUCUGAUCCAGUUUACGCAGAGGCCUAUGUCCAUGUCAACCAAUAUGACAUUGUCCUCGAUGUUUUGAUUGUGAACCAAACCAACGAUACACUCCAGAAUUGCACAUUGGAACUGGCAACUUUGGGUGAUUUGAAGCUGGUCGAAAAACCACAGCCUGUGGUAUUGGCACCUAGAGAUUUCUGCAACAUCAAAGCCAAUGUUAAAGUUGCAUCCACAGAGAAUGGUAUCAUAUUUGGGAAUAUUGUUUACGACAUAACUGGCGCCGCUUCGGAUAGAAACGUUGUCGUUCUGAAUGACAUUCAUAUUGAUAUUAUGGAUUAUAUCAUUCCAGCUACUUGCAGCGAUACUGAAUUCAGACAGAUGUGGGCUGAAUUUGAGUGGGAGAAUAAGGUCUCUGUGAAUACUACACUCACAGAUCUUGCGGAAUACCUGAAACAUCUAGUGAAAAGUACGAAUAUGAAAUGUCUCACACCGGAAAAAGCUCUUUCUGGACAGUGUGGAUUCAUGGCAGCCAAUAUGUAUGCGAAGUCUAUAUUUGGAGAAGAUGCUUUAGCCAAUCUGAGCAUAGAGAAGCCAUUCAACAAACCAGAUGCUCCAGUGACAGGACAUAUUCGUAUUAGAGCAAAAAGCCAGGGAAUGGCUCUCAGUUUGGGAGAUAAGAUCAAUAUGACUCAGAAGGUACAACAAAGUAAAGUUGUAGUUGCUGCUUGAAGUAAAAUAUAAGAAAUAUAAUUUUUAUAUGGUAUGAUGUAUCAUGCUUUCAUACAUAGUAUUGUAUUUAUCCUGUGUUAACUAAAUCUUUAUCAAAUAUAUUUGUUCAUUUUAAA